GUCAAUCGCGUCUUUGGACGGCAGAGCUAGGAGUAUUUGGAAGUGUGCAUCGUGAGCGCAUGGACGUUUUUGUCUUGCUAAGGGUCUCCUAAGGCCGUUGCCAGUGAAGGGGUUCCUGGCUACAUGGCUUCCUAGAUAGCUAGGUGGAGCGAGUCAAGUGUAAUAAAUUCAUGGGCUUGCAACAGGAUGACGAUUGCGGAAUGGGUCACUUGAUGCAGUCGUCGAGAAUAAAGACCGGGGGUGUGCGCUGCUGUGGCUGAUGUUCAUGUUGUAGAAAGCUGCUCACUCUACUAUCCCAACUCUCUCACGAUCCAUAGGGCUGGCCUUGCUAAGGAUCUGAAUCUCAUUUCUCGAUACGACAUUUCGGCCCAUAUCCUCCUUCUCACCAACUAAUCAUCAGUUCGAGUUACUAUAAGUUGACGGAUAAACUCAAUUCAUUGAAGACGCCAACCGUCAUGGCGAAAACAACACGCUCACCGUUCCUGGAUAUCCUUCCCCCAGAGCUCCGUCUACAUAUCUACACACAUCUUCUCGUCGCCCCAACAUCCAUCAAAGGCUCCGUCGCCCGUCAAGACAUAAAAUACGACCUCUACACAGCCAUCCUCCGCACAAACAAACAAAUACACCACGAAGCCCGCUCCGUAUUCUUCGGCAAAAACACCUUCUACAUCACAUCCAUACCACCCACUCCAUCCAGCAAAGAUGCCAUCGACGAACAACAAGAAGAAGAAGAAGAAGGAUCCGGCGCCUUUGAACCCCCUCUCCAACUCACCGACCUCCCCCUAGUCCGCCAUCUCGAAGUCGACCUCCUCUACUACCCUACCUCCAUGACCACAUCCCUAGACUCCCGCGACGGGAUCUGGAAACCCGUUUGCACAGGCGCAGACCGCUACACCACCAGCCUAGCCUACCUCCUCAGCACCGUCUCACCCAGUCUACUCAGCUUGAAAAUCUGCGCAGACACGCGCCGCUACGUUGGAAGCAGUACCGGCCAGGGCGCUCAUGCCCUUAGCGACAAGUUCAAGGCCGAUACCGAGAGAUUGCGAGUUCAGAAACUGCUCACGGGGUUCUACAUGGCGGAUAGUAACACGUUGUUCAAGAAGGCGAUGAAGGAUUUGCUCGUCAGGGACAUUACUUUGCACUUUGAUUUUCCGGAGAGCUACUUUGAUUUCGUGGUGGGAAGGGAGAGGCUGUGCGGACAGAGCUUGGUGGAAUUGGCCGGGCAGGUGUUGGCGGCUAGGACGGAGAUUAGGUUCAAAGCUGCGUUGCAGGAGGUGGGUGUGGGUAGUGAGGUUGCCGAGGCGGGAGUCGUGAAUUUGAUCCCGUUUCCGUGCUGAGGAUUGGGUGUGUUUACGAAGGAUGGGUAAAUUGGAGGGAUUGUUUGGGACAAGCAUUUUGGCAUGAUACCAUGAUUUGAGAGUACACUGAGCAUUUGAGGGCGUUUUUGGGUUACAAAAUUUAGAUCGGUGGUUGGCAUUUGGGGGGGUACAGGCAGCGUUUGAAAGCAUCACAUUCACAUCUCUACGUCUGUCCAUCGAAGUAACGACCGGUUGAUGUAAACAAACAAGCUAUCAAGGUCGAUGCGUAUGACUCGCGAUGUAAACAAACGAAAGCUAAUCGUCCCUGACCACAUCAUUGAUCUUUGUCGUAUCCUUCAUCAUUGUCGUAAAUCGUAAGCGUCGUCUCGUACCCAUACAUGAUCCAAAAUCGCAGUCAA